GGAAGGGCUUGCUUCGAGUUGAAUCAUGGCAGGAGGAAGCGGCGACAUCGAAAGUGCUCGAAGCACCAGCGACUUGGAUUUGCGAUGGGGUUUUAUCAGGAAGGUGUAUGGGAUCCUGAUGAGCCAGCUCGUCCUUACAGCGAUUGUUGCUGGCAUUGUUGUUGCUGUGAAGCCGAUCAACAGAGCCUUGGGACACACCCCAUGGAUAUCGCUCGCGUUAGGCGUUUUCGCUCUCAUACUGUUGUGCCCCCUCUACAUUUAUCGCCAGAAGCAUCCACUCAACCUCAUCCUUCUGGGUUUCUUCACCAUCUUAUUAAGCUUAACGGUUGGUUUCGUGUGUGCUUAUACUCGAGGGGAGAUUGUAUUGCAAGCAUUGAUUCUUACCGCAACAAUUACGAUCGGUUUGACGCUUUUUACAUUUUGGGCGGUGAAUCGAGGAUACGAUUUCGGCUUCUUGGGACCGUUGCUUUUUGCAUCAGUACUGGUGUUGAUAGUUUGGGGAAUCAUCCAGGCAUUCUUUCCCAUUGUGCGAAUGUUGACGAGCGUUUACACGCUCCUUGGAGCGCUAAUAUUCAGCCUCUACAUCGUUUAUGACACUUAUUUGUUGAUCCAACGCUUUGACUACGACGAGUACGUUUGGGCAGCCGUGAAUCUCUACAUUGAUGUGAUCAACCUUUUCCUGUACAUUUUACAAUUCUUGCGCGGCAAUCCUUAAUAGUGGAGUAAGCUCUCGACCAUGUGCUCACGUUAUUCACGUGAACACAAAAGCAACACACGGUUCAGACACCGUACACAAAAGCAAACGAUACGGUCCACACUUU